AUGGCCGCUCACCUGUUCCGCCGCUGCUGCCGGCGGCUGCUGCCGCUGCGAGCCCCGACCGGGACGCCACCGCCACCGGCACCGGCACCGCGCUCCGACGGCCCGCAGGAGCUGCUGCGGCUCGGGCCCGCGCUCAGCGGGAACCUGGCGGCGCUGGCCAUCGGCCGCCUGGCCCGGAUCAGCUCCCGGCAGCGCCUGGACACCGCAGCCAUCCGCGGGGACCCGCGCUUCCAGCACCUGCUGCGCGCCGUGCAUGCGCAGAUCUCGCAGGUGUGGAACACGCCGCUGGUGCAGCUGCUGCGCAGCCUGCAGGUGCUGGGGCUGGCUCAGGACGGGCAGCAGGUGCGCUCGGUGGAGCAGGAGGUGCUGUGGCGGCUGCGGCGCCUGUCCCUGCGGCAGCUGGCACACCUGGCCGAGCACCUGGCGGGGCAGGGCCGGGACGGCCCGCUGCUGCCCGAGGUGCUGCGCAAGCUGGAGCUGCGCUGGACCGAGCUGGACGGGCCCCGCAGCGUGGUGACGCUCAUGGCCAAGGUGGGACACCUGUCCCCCGCCCUGAUGGAGCGCCUGGAGGACAAGGCGCUGGAGCUGGCGGAGCAGUUUGAUGCCGAGGAGCUGCGCCGUGUGGUGCUGGCGCUGGCGCUGCAGCAGCGCCGCAGCGUGCCGCUGCUGCGGGCGGUGUCGUACCACCUGCUGCAGAAACCUGCACAGCUGCCCCUGCCCGCGCUCAGCGACCUGCUCUUCGCCUUCAGUAAACUGAGCUUCCAGCAGCCGCAGGUGCUGCACCGCCUGGCGCAGGAGCUGCAGCCUCACCUGGGCAGCCUCAGCCCCGCCCAGGUGUCGCGCUGUGCCCGCUCCUUCGCCAGCCUGCGCUGGCUCAGCCGGCCCCUCGCCGAGGCCAUCGCCCAGUACUGCCUGGAGAACGCGCAGGAGCUGUCCCUCACCCAGCUCUGCGGGAUCCUCGUCUCCUUCGGCCACCUCGGCUUCCAGCCCAGCUCCGGCCAGGAGUUCUUCUCCGUGGUCCGGCAGCGGCUGCGGGGCCGGGAGCGGGAGCUGGACGUGCACCUGCUGACGGACGCGGUGUGGUCCCUGUGCGUCCUGCGGCAGCCUGGGGACGCUCACCUGCGCCAGGUGCUGGCCCCCGACUUCCACAGCCGCCUCCAGGGUGACAGCUCCCCGCGGGCGCAGAGCUCCCGGCUGAAGCUGCUGCACAUCAACGCCACGGCCAGGCUGGAGACCCCCGGCUACCAGGGGCCCUUCCUGCCCCCCGAGGCGCUGGGGGGACACGGGGACAGGGACAGGGACAAGGCCACCCCCCUGCAGAGGGGGCUGCGGGAGGCGCUGCCGGGGGCGCUGGGCGGCCACGACCUCGUCCGGUACGACGUGAGCACGGUGUACGGCUGGGACAUCGACGCCGAGGUGCUGCUGGACAGCGAGCACAGAGCGCUGCCCCCGAGGGACUUCAGUGCCCCACAUCUGCCCCACAGCGAGGGGACAAAGCCACUGCCACCGGGGGCCAGGAGGGUGGCCGUGCUGCGCUGGGAGCUGCCGCAGUUCAGCUCUCGUGGCCGGGAGCUGCUGGGCCGGGGCUCCAUGGCCCGCAGGCACCUGCGAGCGGCCGGGUUCCUGCUGGCCGAGGUGCCCCACUACGAGUUCCUGGAGCUGAAGCUGGAGCGGCAGCGCGUGGCCUACCUGAAGGACAAGGUGGCCAAGGCCCUGGCCGGUGACACCGCAGGGGACACGGCCACCGACACGGCCGCCUGAGCCGCCCGCGUGGCCUCGCCUCGGGCAGGUGCCGCGUCCCUGUGCCAAUGUGACCGGGUCACCGUGCCCGGGUGGCCCUGUCACUGUGCCCGGGUGGCCGUGUCACCAUUGUGAGGUGGUCACAUCACCGGGUCACCGUGCCCGGGUGGCCGUGUCACCGCAGCGAGGUCCCCGAUGUCCCCACGCGGCUCCAGCCUUGCUGCUCCAUGGCACAAACGGCUCAAAUAAACCCAAAGCUGUACAGGGA